CGGGAGGUUGGGUUUAAAAACGCAGAAAUAACAAUACAGAAACUAUAAAUCUUGAGGCUAAGCAAUUAUUUGUAGCUGUCAACUCAGAUCGUUCCAGAGAGUUUUUGUAGGUGUUAUCAGGCCAAGAGUCCGAUUUUGAAUCAGGCUUGAGACAUGAAUUUCAGGAACAGGGAUGAGUUCUGGCCUUACUUUAUAAGUCAACACUCGAAGCCAGCGACGAGGAAGUGGCAUUUUGCAGGCACACUUGCUAGUCUUUUGUGUUUGAUAUACUCUGUGAUGUUUAAUUGGCGCUACUUGUUUUGUGUUCCCGUGGUGGCUUAUGGUAUAGCUUGGUAUAGUCAUUUCUUCGUGGAAGGGAAUGUUCCUGCCACGUUUGGUUAUCCGGUCUGGUCAUUUUUAUGCGAUAUGAAGAUGUUUGGAUUGAUGCUCACUGGGAAGAUGGAUGAAGAAAUCAAAAGGCUAGGACCACAACUACAAGCUUAUUGAUAUUUGUCACUGUGUUUUCUCAAACUCCUUAUCAAUAUUAUCAUAUCCUAUCAG